AUGGCCAACGCGUAUGGGUACUAUCAUAGUGUUCGUUAUGAGAAGAUACGUCAGCGCGAUGCCAACCGGGACUUUCCCUAUCAACAGAGGAGUUGCAUGGCGACUAUCACGGCGAGAGUCAUCAAUGAGCUUUUUCGGAGGCAUCUAUUCCAGUUGUCUGUUACUUUCCACGGUGGAGUGAAGGUGCUCUCUUAUGCAUGGGGUAGCAACAACCAUAUCAAGGCGGGGAAGAGUACUAAUGCACCGGACCUAGCAGCUAUAGUGGACGUGGCAACUCUAAUGCGAGACUCUGCUGGUCGUACCGCUGCGGGGGAUUUCUGGUACCCCAUGGGUACCAUGACCGACACAGUGUACGCCGUAGAUGGAGGCAUGGAGGACUGGUCGUACGGUGCUGGCUUCGAGGAGGACCCCGAUCCGAUCAAUCAGUGUGAGCCGCCCACAUACGGUGGAUAUCCCCGAGAUCGGACAAACUACUCUGAGUUCAAGAACAUCAG